UGACUUGUUAUGGUAAGAAAAGGUUUGUAAUACUUGACUGAAAAUUAUUUCUUUCGAUAUAUAUUUUGUUAACUACUAAGUGUACUGUAAACAUGGUUCAGAGAUAGACAGUGUUUUAACAUUUAAAACAAGGUUAUCUCGGUUUCUGUUUCUCGAGACGGUCACGGUCCGGCCGGUAGUGUAAUAUUGUGGAUCCGAUUAGCCGUCAGCUGAUGCGCUCGUACCAAGUACAAUACCAGGAUACCAAACGCUCGAACCGAAACCUUGUGUCUUGUCCCGACAACGGAAUAAACUGUAUCAUUCGUUAUUAUGGAUUUAAACGAUAACGACAAAAGGAUUUUAAAUCGUCACAGUUUCUAUUUCUUCAAUAGAGAUUUGACUAGUUUGAAGUUUAUGCUUGAUUGGGAUACAGAUGAUAAAUUUUAUUUUAAUAUUGUGGAUCGAGGAAUUGGAAAUAUAGUGGACAAAGCUGAUGGACAUACUAUGGUGUUAUCGAAUCCCAGUAGUUGUACAUACCACCAUCCACGCAUACCGGCGUUUAAUAUUAAUUAUAUAAAGGAUUGCAUACUAGUCCAAGAAUUCCUCGAUCCAAGAAAAUAUUUGAUAACAGUUUCGUGUCCAAUUGACUAUAAAAAAAAGGACAUUCUCUCUUGCUGGUUCCACAAUCAAACAACGUGGUACGAAGAGUUGCCUGAUAUUCAGCUUAAAGAAAAUAGUAACGGGAUUAUUUUGCCACCUAGUAAAGCAUCAACUUCUACCUUAAACAAAGAUAUAGAGGCUGAAGAUGAUUCAGAUGGACAGAAUAAACUGGCUAAAAGCUCUAACAAAGAUAAAAAGGCUGAAGAUGAUUCAAAUUUUGAUCGUCCGUUUAAGUCUGGACAGGUUAAACUGGAUAAAAGGACAAGAAUGGCUUACUCUCACAAGGAAGACUCGCUGAUUGUUAAGUAUUUAAUUAAAAAUAACGAUGCGUUUAAUGUGUUUGGAAGAGAAUUGUGGCAGCGAAUGGAAAGUUCCGGCAUUUGUAAAAUUAGAACGUGGCAGUCACUGAAAGAGCGGUACCUCAAACAUAUUAGGUAUGACUUAUUAACGGGAAAUAAUAAGUAUCCGUUUCUUUCGAGCGCAGAUUUAAAGUUGCUGAGACAAGGUUUGAAAAUUGAGUCAUCCGAUCCAAAAACCAAAGAAAAACAAAAGUUCUAUAGUCGAAAUCGGCAAACAUAAUAACCGAAAAGUAAAAGAAGUACAAGCCAAGGUCAGUAACUUGACCGGUUUAAGUCCUCAACAGUUUUCUCCACUGUGACGAAAAAUAUAAGAAAAUCAAUUUAAAAAAAGGUUUUAACUAUCAAUAUUAAUUUUGCAUUAAAUAUCAAAAUAAAUAUAAGUAUGAAAAAGGAAAAAGUUUUUGUUCUCAACUAGUGAAUUAAUUGUGUAUACUUUAUUGUUCUUUACACAUUUUAAAUGUUAACCGUAAACUGUACAUAUUAUUAUAAUAUUUAAUGUAAGACUUAUUUAUUUAGAAGACUUUUGGGUUUAUUUGGUAUUUUGUUUUUCUAAAAGCCUUGCCAUAGUUCUAUAGUUAAAAAACAAUUUAUGUUAUUUCGUUAUGAUAUGUUUAUUAUUUGUGUACUUUUUAUUUUAUAUUCAAAUAACAAAGGAAUACAAAUCCUACAAUUAUUAUUUUUUAUUUUUCUAUAAACUCUUAAAAUAUAAUAACAGAUAAAUUUUUUUCAGUAUGCAAAUAUUUUUCUAUAAAAAUUAAAAAAAAAAAGUAAAGUGAAUCAACUGUGAAUUGUGAUCUUCUGGCCAGCGUUGGAAACAAUUGUUGUAUUUUUAUGUAAAUAUACAUUUUUAUUUGUUAUAGUUGAAUUUGAAUACACUUUUUUUUAGUUUAUAGUUUUUAUGAUAUAAACUAUAAACAUUUUAAGAUGUAUAAUGGACAUAUUUUCUAUUAAAAUUAUUGUUUAUCAUGUAUACACCUAUAUUGUCUAUAUUAUGCAUAUAUCUAGUCAGUAUUAUUUAAACCGUAAUGUUGAUAAACCGUCUCAAGUUUAUGAUUUGGUUGAUUUUGUUGUACAGAAUAAUCUGACUUCCUCGGCCAAUUUUUCCAAUUUUUGGCUUAUAUUAUAUAUAUUUUAUAUUUAUACAAUGUAUCGAUUAUUAUUUGCGUACACUUAUUUUGUAGCUCUAAGUCUGUUUUAAUGUUUUAUAUAUUUAUCAAGAAAUAAACAGGAACUCGGGAUGAUA